AGGGCCAACAUGAUCGUUUUUUUUGUUUGUUAUUGGUCUUUUGAUUGUAAAUGAUAUUUCAAGUACUGUGACCAAAUUUUAUUUAUGAAUGUUUUAACAUUGUUGCUGCAGAUCCUCGUCAGCCUAAGAUUUCUUGCGAAAGGGGCAUUCUAUUCGGAACUAGCCGACACCCAUGGCAUCAGUCGCUCGAGCGUGUCCAGAACUGUGCAUAACUUUGUGGAGUCUGUCAACAACAACCUGGACAAUAUUAGGUUUCCAAUCGACAGAGAAGAUGUUGUAAAAGAGAAGAGGGCAUUUUACAACAAAUGUAGACUUCCGAAUCUUGUUGGAGCAGUGGAUGGGACCUUAAUCCCAAUCACUACUCCAACUGUAGAUGAGGAAGUCUACGUUUGUCGAAAAGGUUACCACGCCAUCAACUGCCAGGCGAUUGUAAACACAAGCUUGAAGUUCAUUAGUGUUGUGGCGAAAUGGCCGGGCUCUACCCAUGAUGGAGCGGUAUUUGAAAAUUCAAGAAUUAAAGGGGCCUUUUCACAGAUUUUGGCAUUUUUUUAACUUAUUCAUUAAAUGCUUUAUAUUGAUAAAUGUAAACAUUGGAUCAUAAAAGCUCCAGUAAAAAAUCAAGAAAAAAAAUAAAAAAAGGAAAAGAACAUUGCCCAGAGCAGGUUUCGAACCAGUGACCCCUGGAGUCCUGCCAGAGUCCUGAAGUAAAAACGCUUUAGCCUACUGAGCUAUUCCGCCGAGUACACAUUCUUGACGUAUUUUAUACCUUAUAUAAGCAAUCUUCGUAGUUUCACAAAAUUUAACGACAAAAACAGAACUGUCCAAAUUAUUCAAUCGUUUCGCGUUGCAACGCUUUAUAAUUUUUAGGUUUUAAAAUCGUCAAAAGAUGCAUAUAAUGGCUAUAUUAGAGCAUGGUUAAUGUUCAGUAUUACUGUUUCCUCACAAAUAUCAUAACUAAAACGAAAACUUACGAAUCUGAAACAACUUUUUUCAAUUUUGUCAAUUUACCAAAGCGUGAAAAGAUCCC